AUGACAAAGGAGAGAAAGCCGCUUAUUCUCAAUGCGUUCCAGAUCGGGGGGCUGGGUCUUCAAGCCCCAGGUCUUUGGAAACACCCUGACGACCGUUCCAGCGAAUACACCAAAUUGAAGUACUGGACGGACUUGGCUAAACUAUUGGAAAAGGGCAAAUUCAACGGAUUAUUCAUCGCUGACGUCCUCGGCGGCUACGAUGUCUAUAAUGGCCCGCAAAACUUCAAUGCCGCCGCCGCCCUGGGCGCCCAGUUCCCUGUUAACGAGCCCAGUGCUCCCGUGACGGCAAUGGCGGCGGUAACCGACCACUUGACGUUUGGCCUUACCUUUUCUACCAUCGCCGAGCCCCCCUACCAUUUGGCCCGCCGGUUAGCGACGUUAGACCAUUUGACUGAUGGUCGUGUCGGGUGGAAUGUGGUGACGUCAUACUUGGACUCGGCAGCACGCAACCUCCUCGACGGGGCCCAGUUGCCCCCCCACGAUAAGCGGUAUGCACGCGCCGAGGAGUACUUGCAGGUGGUGUACAAGCUCCUUGUCAGUUCGUGGAGAGACGAUGCCGUGGUGUUGAAAGAUGGUAUUUACAGUGACCCUGAGCGUAUUCGUUUGAUUAACCACCAGGGUGAAUUUUUCACGGUGCCAGGCCCUAAUUUCACCGAACCGCUGCCGCAAAAAUUGCCCUUGAUCAUCCAGGCAGGGCUGUCGAAACAGGGGCUAGAGUUUGCUGGAAAAAACGCCGAAGUGGUAUUUCACGGUGGUCCCACUCCCGAGAAGCUUGGCGAGCGAAUUAGGGAGCUGAAGGAGAUCGCUAAAAAGUAUGGUCGUGGCGACGAUUUGAAGUUUUUGACGCUUAUCACCAUCAUUUUGGGUGAAACCCACGAGGAAGCGGAACAGAAGUACCAUGAGUACCGUAAGUACGGUGACGUCGAAGGCGCCAAGGCGUUGCUUUCAGGAUGGACGGGUAUUGACUUUGGUAAGUUCCCUCCUGACGAAGAAGUACGCAAUGUUGAAGGGGAAUCCAAUGCUGGCUCUAGCCACGCUAAGGCGUUGGUGGAUAACUGGCAAAAGCUUGGUCCUGGGGAUCCUCCUGACGUGAAGAAGACGCCUAAUUAUGUGGGUAAGCAAAUCACUAUUGGUGGUAUGGCACCAGUAUUUUGGGGCACUGCCACUGAAGUUGCCGAUGAAAUUGAGCGCUGGGUCGACAUCAGUGGUGUCGAUGGGUUUAACAUCACCUACGCCACGCUCCCGGGCUCUUAUGAGGAUAUUGUCAAGUGGCUUAUUCCAGAAUUGCAACGGCGCAAAUUGGUCUGGGACGACUACCCUGAGAAACCUCAAACAUAUAGGGAACAAGUGUUUGGUAGAAAGUUUGUCAACGAGAACCACCCGGCCUACGAUUUGCGGUGGACUCCCGAGUAUACUAAAGAAGAGUUCGAAGCGAAGUUGGCGAAAUUGGAAGCUCAACAAGCGGCCAAUGCUGACCAAACCCAGGCUGAUCCAACUAAAGCUGAUGCCGCUAAGGCUAGUGACCUGGUUAAGGAGCCAGCGAAAGCCGCCGCUUGA